GCUUCCCGGCCGGGCAGCAGACCCCAGUCGUGUCGCGGCGGUUGCCGACUGCACAUAUUCAGUCGCGAAAAAGAAAAUACAGUGUGUAUAUAACAAAACCCUGUGAUAUAUAUCCGGCUUUUUCGUAUAUCAACAAAAAAAAAAAAUUUUUUUUAAAAUAUAAUUUUUUUUUUUAAUUUCUAAAAUUAAUUUCCCACAAAUAAUUACAAAAUAAAAAAAAAAGGGGGAAAUCAAAUGGAGAAUCAAGAAAAAAUUAUCUUGAAUGUAAGAAUCGACAAAGAAUUGAAAAUUGGAAGUAGAAAAUGGUGAAAAGACUCAAAUAACGAUCCAAGCAUACACGACCUAAAGCGAAUAUAUUUUUUGACCCCGGGGGUGCCACCACAGGAGCCAGAAGUUGCUCGAGGCCAUUUUCCUCAAGCACGGUGUAAGGAUGGACGAAUUCGAGGACUGUGACUUUCAUCCAACAGAGACAAAGUUAGCGUACGAUUUAUCGUCGGGACGUGUGACGUGGUUUCGUGAUUUCUCCGCCACAUAUAAUGUACACAUAUAUAUUUAAAUAUGCAGUGAUAUUGUGAAUGAGAUCAAAGGGGGUGUGUUUGGGGGCGCGGAGGACGAAUUAUGCAUCACGGGUCAAAUUAUGGAACCGGGCCCCAAGAAAGGGUACAUCAGCAGGCGGCCCGGACUGGGAUUAUAUCAGAAAAAUGUCCCUAUGAAACUUACACGACACAAAUCCCGGAUUGCUGUGCAGCGGCAGCUGCAGUUGCUGCCCAGGAUCCCUAUCCCCGCCCACCCAGUAGCUACGAUGGAAGGUGUUUCGACGACUGUCAUCGCAGAACGCCUUAUCAGGAAGAUUCCUAUUCCCAGAGACCACAGUCCAGAUUGGGAUAUGAGGACCAAUCUCGAGUGGGAUUCACUGCGGAUUCCAGGUGCACCAGUAGACUUGGUUACGAUGAGACAAGAGGUGGCUACCUGGACCAAAGUGAUCCGAGAAUGUAUUGCACGGGAGGUUAUUGCAUGGGUGAUACGAUGAUGGCGACAAGGGGAGUUUGUGGCGAGGAUGUUGAGCUCGACAUGCAGAGGCAUAUUCAAGCUUGCGCUUGCACCUGCAACCACAUGGGUUACGGAAAUUACAUGGACUAUCAGACAACGUGCCUAACAGAACUGCCGGAUGUGGCGCCGUGCAAUGGUACUGUGCGGCUUCCACCAACAUGCGAGGAAUCUCCUAGUAGCGGAAGUAGCAAGGAACGCAGAGAUGAGAGUCCUCGGCGGAAAUGUCGAGUUCUAGCACCUAUCUUGCUUUUGGUGGCAGCCUUGCUACUCGGAGGCCUCUGUCUACCAUUGUUACUACAAUCCUCCCCUGUCACGCAUCAACAACGAUUGGAUGUGAUUAGGAGGAUUCUUACUGAAGUGCCUCUGAUCGACGGGCACAAUGAUUUGCCCUGGAAUGUCAGAAAGUUCGUUCAUAAUCAAUUGGGUGAGGUAAAUUUGAGCAGCGACUUAGGGAGAGUUGAUCCUUGGGCCAGAUCAGACUGGAGUCACACUGAUAUACCAAGGUUACGAGCUGGAUUAGUUGGAGCGCAGUUUUGGUCGGCUUAUGUUCCUUGUGGGGCGGCACAACUUAAUGCAGUUCAACUUUCUUUGGAACAAAUCGACGUAAUUCGGCGACUAGCAGAAAUGAAUGCUCAACAUUUAACUUUGGUUACUAGCGUCAAAGGUCUGAUCGAGACUCAUCGCGAGGGAAAAAUAGCGAGUUUGAUCGGGGUCGAGGGUGGUCAUUCCCUCGGGAAUUCUCUAGGAGUGUUAAGAACAUUUUAUGGUUUGGGAGCCCGUUACCUCACCCUAACGCAUGCCUGUGACACUUCCUGGGCAGUUUGUUCGUUGGGUGAAACAAAUAGUACUGAAACAUCGGCGCCAGGCCUCAGUGAAUUUGGAAAGGCCGUCGUUAGAGAACUAAACAGACUUGGGAUGUUGGUGGACCUGUCUCACGUUUCAACAAGAACGAUGAGAGCAGCCCUGCAAACGACAAGAGCGCCGGUGAUUUUCUCGCACAGCGCAGCAAGAGCGCUCUGUAAUUCUAGCAGGAACGUGCCAGACGACGUGCUCAGAAAUCUGGCAAAGAAUGGAGGUGUAGCUAUGAUUCCCUUUUAUACGUAUUUCAUAACAUGCAACAGCACAGCAACCAUCAAAGACGUGAUUGCGCACAUCAAUCACGUAAGGAACGUGGCGGGCAUCGAUCACGUCGGCAUAGGAGCAGGAUUCGAUGGAAUAAAUUACACACCUACUGGCCUGGAGGAUGUUUCCAGAUAUCCUCAACUAUUCGCAACUUUGUUAGAAGAUCCUUUAUGGACGGAGGAAGAUAUUAAAAAAUUAGCUGGUCUUAAUCUACUUCGAGUAUUCGCCAAAGUUGAACAAAUACGAGACGAAUGGCAGAGGGCAGCUGUACUACCAGUUGAAAAAAUUAGCCCACCGGAAAAUUCAGCUUGUGCAUAUAGAGCGUCCUGAUCUCAAGAAAUGUUAACAAAUUUGGAUUAGACUCAUUCGACAAAUAUAUGAAAAAAAUAUAGGAAUGACUCGCGUGACCGACAUUAAUGCAAUCAGUGUGUCUUUGCGUAACGAGUGUUUAAAAAGAAAAAAAAAUGGGAGACUUAUAUAAGUCUGAGUAACAAUUUUUCAUAAUAGACUCUAGUAUCAAAAAUUAUUUCAAAUUUCCCAAAAGCGUGCGACUUAUCAUCUUGCGAAUUUAUAAUUAUAGCAUAAUUAGAAAUAACAAGAAUCGACGUUUCCCAUAAAUUAAGUCCUCCUUUUUAUAACAAAAAAAAAACCUUAAUAUUUUCUAAGAUGAUUUUUUAAAACAAUUUUACACAUUUUAUUACUAGUGAAAAAAAAAAUAAUAAUUUAAUAUUUCACUUUUUAUAGAACAUAAGUUAACAUACUAUAUUAAAAAAAUAAAAAAAGAUAAUACUGGAUUUUUUUUGAAGAUUUUCAUAAUAUUUUAAGAAAAAGAAUUAAAUAUUGUUCCGAAUGUACAGGAUACUUUCAAUUAUAAAAUUCGGAAUUAGAAAAAUUUAAUUACAAAGAUGUCGAGUCUUGAAAUUUCAUAUUUUAACACACGGCUCUUAAAAUUAACACGCAUUCCUAAAAAUUUCUUAAUUUUUAGAUAGAUUAAAUAUAUACACGAAAGAGACCAAUCGCAAGUUCUUAAAAACAAGAUCAACAUUAUAUAUACAAGGAAUAUAAAAAGAUUCAAAAUUCAGGGCUACGAGUGCCAAAUGUUAAAUCGUUUUAAAACCGACAGUAUUAUUAAAAAAAAAAAACAAAAAAAAAAAAAACUAGAAAUGAAAAACUUGACUGUAGCAUAUUUAGAUAACAAUAUUAAAAAAAAUGAACAGCAUUUCAUUAUUAAUCUUCGCAUUUUUUCCUGCGAAAUAUUCUCAAAAAAUAUUAUCUUUUCGCCAAAAACACUUUUAAAAACUUAUUGUUUUUAUAAAGAGAAUUUUUAAAAGUAGAAAUACUGCUUAUAAAAAAAGCACCGAAUGAAAUUAGAAUAUUGAUAAAAAAAAAAAAAAAGAAAUAUAGAAAAAAAUUAUCUCAGUAGUUUUAACAAAGCACUAUUACCAUUUUUACAAUCAGCUUUUGUGUACAGUGCGAUCUGUUGAAAAACAAAGUAAAAUAUUGCUAUUCAUCUCUACAGUGCAUGCGAUAAAAAUCUAAUAUUACAUUAUCGUUACAGUUAAAUUGAAAUAUUUUUAUUUUCAAAAAAAUAUCGAAGCAAUUUUUUUUUAAAAAAGCUCUUUUUAAUGUCUUAUUUAAAAAAAAAUCAUCAUUUUAAUUUCAAUAAAAAUAAAUUUGAGAAAAUUGUAAAAAAUAUUCAAAGCAAAAUUUUACUCAAUCUUUUUAGGCAUAAAAUUAAACUAUUGAUAUUUGUCACUAACAAUUUUAUCUCAAUAAUGAUUUUUUAUCAUUGAUUUGCAUUUUAUUAAUUAUAAAAAAGAUCUAUCCGAGAAAAUCAAAAAUAUACUAAAAUAUUUAAAACGAUGCGGAAUAAAUUUGUAAUUUCUUCCUUUAUAAAAAAUGAGACUAAAAUUUUUAUGCCGAUAAAAAAAAUUAAAUUCUAAAUAUGCAAAUUAUAAAUUAAAUUUUUGGCGUAUUUAAUUGGAUAAACUAUUUUUUUUACUUCAUAUCAAAAGAGAAAGUACAAUUAAUUUAUAAUAACGAUUCAUUAAAUUUUGUUAAGCAACGUGUAAUAAUUAACAAAAAUUAUUGCGAGAAGAAAAUAAAUUAAAGGCAAAAUUAAAAAAUUUUGCAUCUAUUCUAAUUGAAAAAAAAAAUUGUUAUCUUUUAUGCAAAAUUACAAAAAGAUUGAGUAAAAUUUUCUUUUAACUAAUUAUUUCAACUGAACUACAAAAUAUAUAUAUUUUUUUUUUAACUGAAAAAGCGAAUUUUUCUCAAGUACGCAGCAAAAAAACAUUCAUAAAAUUUGCAAUAAAAAAAAAAUUCUUAUACCAUUCGAUAAAUAAGACGUUAAUGCUUUUGGUACUUGCACUGAUCAAUCAAAAUUAAUUUUCAUCAACAACUAAUCGCAAAAUGUACACGCGAAAUUUUGUUUCAAACAUUUUUUUUUGUACAUAUUAAAAAUGUUAAUUCAUCUAUAAUUUAUUAAAUAUUAAAUUAUUUAUAAUCGUUAAAUUUAUUACUAUACCAAUGAUUUUCUAAUCGUUUAAAAAAUAUAUAUUUUCUUUAAAAUGUUAAAAAAUUAAAAGGUUACAAGCAAUAUUGAUAAAAAUGCGAUCUUGUUAAAACAAAAUUGUUGGUAACAUUUCGAUAAAUUUUUUGUGUACCAUACAUGUGUUUUAAAAAAAACAAUGUUGCGAUUAAUGUUUAUGAAAAAUUUAAAAAAAAAAAAAAAAUUCGAUACAAUUCGUGAAAAAUAACUGGAUAAUCAUUAUAUUGAAUGUAUUGCUCGUUUGCACGUGAAUGGAUGAAUGUAUGAAAAAGAGAGAAAAGAUUUAUAGAAAAUGUAUAAUAGAAAAAAAAUACUUGAUUGCAAAGAAAAAAAAAAUUGGCUCUCAAAAAAAAAAAAAAAAAAAAAAAAAUGAAUAUCUCGAAAAAUAAUUUAUUAUCAUAAAAAAUGAAACAAUAUUGUGAAAGUGAAUCAAUAAUGUGCAGUGCCAAAGUGAAAACAACCAAUCACAUAAUAUACACCUAUAUGCGAAAUUCUCGAAGGCUCAAACAAUAUUUUCGAGAAAAACCCGUGUUCAAUUUUUUAAAUUACAUAAUAUCAUCGGGUUAUGUGUUCCAGAAAAAAAAUUUUUUUAAAUAAGCACAUACUGUAAGAGUGAAUUAUUAUUAAAACGAGAGAAGAAUAAAAAAAAACCUUUAGAAUAACCUCAAACAUAAUUUUAAUAACACACAACUGCCUAGAUCUCAGAUUAAUAACUAUUAUAAUAUAUUGAUUAUAAUAUAUUAGGUCCAAACGCACAAAAAAACAUGUUUGGAAAACUAUACAUACACCGAAGGGAAAAACGAUCAAGCGCAGAGAAACAAUAUUUGGCUUUUAUCAAUAAAAACAUUUUUUUGGUCAAUAUUUUUACAAACAUUUUUUGAUUAGACAAAAGAAAAUUUUUUUUUGUUCAUCAUUUAAAUUCAAUUGAGAAACAAUGAAACAUUUUCUUGGACCAAUCAAAAAAAGUUUUGUUACAUAAAUAUUAAUCAAAUGAUUUGUUAUCAAAACGUUUUUUUUUUAGUAAAACAAAUGUAAAAAAAAGAUUGUAAUAAUUUAUUGUAAAUUCCAAAAUGUUAAUAUAAACUUCAAAUUGUUAUCUAAUUGAAUUUUUUUUUAAAUUUUAUUUUUGACUCUCAAAAUGUUUUUUUAAUUUAGACUGUAUGUGUGUAUUUAAUGUGAAAUGUCUCGAGAAGAAAAUGGAGAAAGAGAAUAAAAAAUAGAAACAUAAAGAGAAAUAAGAAUAAAUUAUUAAAAUUUCAUAUAUAGAUUAUCUAUCAUUUUUGUUAUAAAAAAAGAAAAAUUUUUCAAUACCUAAAUUAUUUAUCUGCGCUAUCUCAAUUUACACAACUAUUUUCUUGACUGAUUCAGAAAAAUUUUAUUCUUUAGCAACAAAUUAGAUAAAUUAGUAUAUUAAUUUUUCUGAAUCAGUAAUAAUUUUUAUUCUUUAUAGAAAAUUGUAACCGAGAAAUAAAGUUAAUAUAAAAAAAAAAAAUUUAUAAAUAUAUAAAUAAAUAAAUAUAUAUAUAUAUAUAUAUUAUAUGAUGAAAGUUGAAAAAAAAGGCACUGGAAGAACAAUAUUAUCAAAGCAAUGUGUUAUAUGAAGUUUUAAUAAAAAGCGAAUGGAAGAGAACUCGCGGGAUGUUUAAGUCGCAUUUUGUGAAAUUGUAUAUGGAAAUUGUUUCGUUUCCUUCGAGAGAUCUCUUUAAAAUACGUAAAAAAAAAUACGUGUUGACUUCUCAAUCAAGAUGUGAAAUAAAGACAUAUGAAGUACGAAUGUACAGAAGUACAGAGAAAUAAAUAUAAGAUUAGGAAAUUUUAAUAAAUUAAUUAAACAUCA